UAUUUAAUUGUUGGGAUGUAACAGUAACUACCAGCAGAAAUAAGGCACUCAGAGACUAAAUUAAAUCCCCUUCAUGAUUUUAAAUGGUAAACCUCCUUCCAAUGGUUAUCCUUCAUAUAUUCUUCUACAUAGCUGCAUUCUGAUAUAUUUUCCCCCCUCCACUGUUUAAAAAUAAAUCAAGGUUUCAAUGGUUAGGUGUCAUUAUCUGACUAUAGAGCUACCUCAGAAUAACUCUUUCCUGUUAAUGACAUGGAGCUCAUAGCAGCAGUCUUUCUUCCAGCUGUGAGUUGUACUAAUGCUGUCAACUCUAGUGGAGCUAGCCUAGGGGUAUGAGAAUUAACAAAUACAAGGCUUGAUUUGUAUAGGUUAGAGAAAUAUAUCCUUAUUGCAGAGAACUUUGAAAAGAAAAUUAAUGAGCCAUAGUUCUAACUAUUGGUAUACUUCUAGCCUUUUAAACGUAUUUUAUAAAAUCAGCUGUGAAUUGAGCAGUGGCUUAAGGGUAGAGUGUGUCCUUCAAAGAUAAUCCUGGUUAUAAUGCAGGCAGAUCACCAUCGUUUCCAGUGGUUUAUAGUAGCGAAAAAGGACUCCAGGUAGCUGAGGUAACUAAACAGUGGUUGGCUAGUGCUGAUAGAUAUCUCCUGAAGGGAUUAUGUUGAUAACCUUAAGGCUGAGUCAAGGGUUUGUGUUUUGACCAAAACAGCCCCUGGCCUGGACCAGAAUAGACAAACAGUGAGCUCCAGAUCUUGAGCCCCUAAGUAAGGAAUGUGUCCACUCAUUGUCAGACUAUGGUCAGUCCUUAUCUGAAAACAGAUGACCUGCCAGUAUUGGAGCUGUGACAUAGAACCACAGUUUCUCUUCAGCAACGGGUAGCAGAAUUGGAAAAAAUUAAUGCAGAAUUUUUACGUGCACAGCAGCAGCUUGAGCAAGAAUUUAAUCAAAAGAGAGCAAAAUUUAAGGAGCUGUAUUUGGCUAAAGAGGAGGAUCUGAAGCGGCAAAAUGCAGUAUUGCAAGCUGCGCAGGAUGACUUGGGUCACCUUCGGACACAGCUGUGGGAGGCGCAGGCAGAAAUGGAGAAUAUCAAGGCGAUCGCCACAGUCUCUGAGAACACUAAGCAAGAAGCUAUAGAUGAAGUUAAAAGGCAGUGGAGAGAAGAAGUUGCUUCACUUCAGGCUGUAAUGAAAGAGACUGUGCGUGACUAUGAGCAUCAGUUUCACCUGAGGCUGGAGCAGGAACGAGCGCAGUGGGCACAGUAUCGAGAGUCUGCAGACCGGGAGAUAGCUGACCUAAGAAGAAGGUUGUCUGAAGGUCAAGAGGAAGAAAAUUUAGAAAAUGAAAUGAAAAAGGCCCAAGAGGAUGCCGAGAAGCUUCGCUCUGUCGUGAUGCCCAUGGAGAAGGAAAUUGCAGCCCUGAAAGAUAAACUGACAGAAGCUGAAGACAAGAUUAAAGAGCUGGAGGCCUCAAAGGUUAAGGAACUGAAUCAUUAUCUGGAGGCCGAGAAGUCUUGCAGGACUGAUCUGGAGAUGUAUGUAGCUGUUUUGAACACCCAGAAAUCUGUUCUACAGGAAGAUGCUGAGAAAUUGAGGAAAGAACUGCAUGAAGUUUGCCAUCUCUUGGAGCAAGAGCGACAACAACACAACCAGUUAAAACACACGUGGCAGAAGGCCAACGACCAGUUUUUGGAAUCUCAGCGCUUGCUGAUGAGAGACAUGCAGCGAAUGGAGAUCGUGUUAACUUCAGAACAGCUACGACAAGUUGAAGAACUGAAGAAGAAAGAUCAGGAGGAGGAUGAACAACAAAGGAUCAAUAAGGGAAAAGAUAACAAGAAAAUAGACACUGAAGAAGAAGUAAAAAUACCAGUAGUAUGUGCUUUAACUCAAGAAGAAUCUUCAACCCCACUAUCAAAUGAAGAGGAGCAUUUAGACAGCACCCAUGGGUCAGUCCAUUCCUUAGAUGCAGACUUGCUGUUACCAUCUGGAGAUCCAUUCAGUAAAUCGGACAAUGACAUGUUUAAAGAGGGACUCCGGAGAGCUCAGUCUACAGACAGCUUGGGAACCUCAAGCUCAUUGCAAUCCAAAGCUUUAGGCUAUAACUACAAAGCAAAAUCUGCUGGAAAUUUGGAUGAGUCGGAUUUUGGACCACUGGUUGGAGCAGAUUCUGUGUCUGAGAACUUUGAUACUGUGUCCCUUGGGUCACUGCAGAUGCCAAGUGGAUUUAUGUUAACCAAAGAUCAAGAAAGAGCAAUUAAGGCAAUGACACCUGAACAGGAGGAGACAGCAUCCCUCCUCUCAAGUGUCACACAGGGUAUGGAGAGUGCAUAUGUCUCUCCUAGUGGUUACCUCUUAGUGAGUGAAACGGAAUGGAAUCUCCUGCAGAAAGAGGUACAUAAUGCUGGAAAUAAGCUUGGUAGACGUUGUGAUAUGUGUUCCAAUUAUGAAAAACAGUUACAAGGAAUUCAGAUUCAGGAAGCUGAGACAAGAGACCAGGUGAAAAAACUGCAGUUAAUGCUCAGGCAAGCUAAUGACCAGCUAGAGAAGACAAUGAAAGAGAAACAGGAGCUAGAGGACUUCCUCAGGCAGAGUGCCGAGGACUCAAGCCACCAGAUAUCUGCACUUGUUUUAAGAGCCCAAGCCUCUGAGGUAUUACUUGAAGAGUUACAACAGAGUUUUUCCCAAGCAAAGAGGGAUGUUCAGGAGCAGAUGGCAGUGCUGAUGCAGUCACGUGAACAGGUCUCAGAAGAGCUGGUGAGGUUACAGAAAGACAAUGACAGCCUCCAGGGAAAGCAUAGCUUGCAUGUGUCAUUACAACUAGCAGAAGACUUCAUUCUUCCAGAUACUGUGCAGGUGCUCCGGGAACUGGUUUUAAAAUAUCGUGAGAACAUUGUUCAUGUGCGGACAGCAGCAGACCACAUGGAAGAGAAGCUGAAGGCUGAAAUACUUUUUCUAAAAGAGCAAAUUCAGGCGGAACAGUGUUUAAAAGAAAACCUUGAAGAGACAUUACAGCUGGAAAUUGAAAACUGCAAGGAGGAAAUAGCUUCCAUUUCUAGUCUAAAAGCUGAAUUAGAAAGAAUAAAAGUUGAAAAGGGACAGUUGGAAUCUACAUUAAGAGAGAAGUCGCAACAACUUGAGAGCCUCCAAGAAAUAAAAGUUAAUUUAGAGGAACAGUUAAAGAAGGAAACUGCUGCUAAGGCCACUGUUGAACAGCUCAUGUUUGAAGAGAAGAACAAAGCUCAGAGGUUGCAGACAGAAUUAGAUGUCAGUGAACAAGUCCAGAGAGAUUUUGUAAAACUUUCUCAGACUCUUCAGGUGCAGUUAGAGAGGAUCCGGCAAGCAGACUCCCUGGAGAGGAUCCGGGCAAUUCUGAAUGAUACCAAACUGACAGACAUUAACCAGCUCCCUGAGACAUGACACCCUGAUGGCAGGAUUCUGACCUGCAUUUUGGGUUUUUAACUCAUCUUUAGAAUAACAUUAAUUAUUAUUUAACUCUUAAUGGAAGAAGUCACAGCAAAAGGAGGACUGGAGAAAUGCAGUUCUGGAGGGAGAAGGCUGCUGUGUGCAGGGACAGCCAACAGACGUUUCAAAGGGAACACUAAUGAGACACUGGACUCGAUUCCAACAGGCGUGGGAUCAGAUUGGGUGCCAGAAAAGUGCUGUUUCCUUGCCUGCUUCCUCCAGCGUGGACUCUGGAACAUAAUUCCUGCCAUGAAAGCAACUUCCCAAUAGUGUUUGGAAUUACGUUUUCUGUUCAUACAAACUGGGAGAGAAAAGUUUCUUUCUCCUGUGGUCUGGGGCUCAUCAGUAGCAGUGUUCAGCUAGCAGAGAGGUGUAGUGCGCUGUGUGAGUAUUUUAUAUUAAAAUGUGGAGUGAGAGCAGGCCAUUGGCUAUUGAUUGUGUUUCCCUUGCUCAAUGCAUUUUGUUUCCUUUUUAACCAUUCCUUCUAUUGGAAGACCUUAAAUGCUAUUGUAACUUGCUUGAGAACUAUAGGACCAUGGCAAACAAAAGCAAUUAAAAUUAGGAGAAUCUGAAUCUUUGGCUGAGGCCAAUAUAUAUUAUAUAUAUAUAUCAAUUUAUGGAAAAAAAGCACAAAUAACCUUGGAAGCACUUUGUCUGCACACCAUGAUGAACUUCCUGGGCCCAAAGGUACCAGGGCAAAUAACUGGCACCAUCUACCCUUUCGAAGUGUUUUAGUUACUGGAUCAGUGGAAAAUAAUACUAAUAAAACAAGCUAUCUCUGACAUCUAGUACACAUGUAUAGAUCUGCUUAUUUUCAGCCUGCCUCAGAGGCAUACUAUUUAGAGUGUCACAUACAGAAUGGUGAUGGUUUAUAGAUCUUUGUAUUUUUGUUUUGCAGUUUAGACCUAAGGUGUAAGCAACUGUGCUUACAGUGAGGCUGGGAAACUUACCCAUCUGUUUCCCCCCCCCCCCCCCCCCUUUUCCAAGGGUUGAGAUUCCUUUCCUGUUUGGAGAAGCAGCCAGUGGAAUAGGCUGUUGAGCAGCUUUCUGAAGUGGUGGAGAAAGUAGAAGUGUGCUCAUGUACUAGCUGCAGGCUACCCCGAGAGCAGCCAGUGCACAGCCAACUAUGCUAUUUCACUCAUGCAGUUUGAACAUAAAAAUGUCUUCAAGUAAUUUUUGUGAGUAGUGUUGGCUUACAGCUGGUAAGGAACAUUAUGGGAAUAAGUAAACUAGACUUUUCUGGCUUAACUACCAUCACUUCACAGCAUAAAUGGACUUUGUUAAUGAAUCAUUAUGAAUUUGCCCUCAAGAUCUUUGCUAUUUUCUUUUAAUAAAACAGGUAAGGAAAGUCUACUUAUCCCAUACCAUAGGUUAUUUUUAUAGUCAUGAUUUAUGAAUUUAAAAGUAAACAUGAAUUACAGAAAUAUUGCUAAAACCUUGCCAAUGCAUGGAAACAUUGGCUUAAAGUCCCCUUGUAUACAGUGCUACUUGGUUUAAAAGGAACAUAAUACCCUCAUUGAGUUAAGGGGACUCUAUUAAUUAUAACGUGAUUAAGUUAGAUUUAAGACUAGUCCCUAGGCCCCAAGCUGAUUUGUUUGAAUCACCCUUGGCCACACUGAAUGGAUAAUUCAUAAGCAUAUUGAACCGUGUCUCUCCCUCCAGUGAACUGUUCUGCCGAAAUCAAGUAUCUUACAGAUCUUUUCUCCUGAAGCUGGGGAUUGAACAGUAAAAGCAUCAUGAUUAGGGCACUGUUUACAAGAGUGUGUACUUGUGGCAAAUGUAAACUGGUGGGAUCCACUCAUUUGAGAAACACAUCCCAGAGGAAGAGAAACUGAAAUGCUAGGUUGGAUGAAAUAAACUAAUGCUACGCCACCAGGUAAGAAACAGUUCUUUAAACUUAAGAAAAAGUUUUCUGCAUAGAGAUCUGGUUUAGGAGGUGAAUUCACCGUGAGAGGAAAGGUCAGCCUAGUUUCACACACCUUCCUGUACUGCAUUCAGUCUGUGUAGACCUGUUCUCUUGCAUGUCUGACCUGGCUUAACUCUUAAACUGUAACAUACCUUAUUAUGUGGCUUUUAAAUGGCAGUCACUUUGUCGUUUCUAGACAGGUACCAUACUUAACCUUUCAGAACUCAAAUUGGCAGGUAUGAAAAGAUGACCUAAAGCCAAGGACAAACUGUAUGCAACAGACCACAAUGUUCCUUUUCUUUUAAGGUGCUAGAAUUUGCACCUCCUACCCACCAAGUAGACACAGACAUAGCCAGCCUGAGCUCUGGAAGGAAGUGCUGGUGCCCGUGAGGACGCAGCUGUAGACCGUCAGCUCUGCUCUGAGCAGAGUGCAGGUUAUCGUGCUGACUGUACCGAAGGCAUGCCCCGAACAAAGUGUUCACAUUAAAGGAGCUGCUGCUGAGUGUGUGUGUGGCCUUUUCCUUUGCAUCCCAGGGUUCUGGUUCCCUUCAGAGGCACGGUUUUGGUAUUGCUACUGAAGAUGAAGCUCUUAGCCUUCAUGUAUGGAUGGACCUGGCUGUGCAGCAGGAGCUGAAUUAAAACCAGAAUUAAGGGGCUGGGGAUUUAGCUCGGUGGUAGAGCGCUUGCCUAGGAAGCGCAAGGCCCUGGGUUCGGUCCCCAGCUCCGAAAAAAAACAAACAAACAAAAAAAAACCAGAAUUAAAACCAACCAACCAACCAACCCAUAGACUUUAAAUAAAAGCAAAGUCGAAAUUUUGAAUAAAAAUUUAUUCAAGUAUUAUAAAACAAAAGGAAUAACAAAAGAAUAACCACACCAUAGUUUAUCCAAAUUCGUCUUUAUAAAUUAGAUUAUGCUGCCUGCUUGUUCUGCAGCACGGGCUUGUAAGCCUUCAGCUGUCCUUAACUUCAGGUGGUGUCAGAAGUUGACAUGAUUUCGGAUAUCAUUGAUUUGCUUCACCAUUUCUCGUAUGUGUUCACCCCUGCAAAGUCAUCAAAUGACUCAAUUUAUAAAAAUGAGUAAGAUGACCUCUUAGUACGGAGCUGCAAGGACCCCCACCAUUCUAGAUAGGAUUUCUCUGUGUAGCCCUGGCUGUCCUGGAACUUGCUCUAUAAAUCAGGUUGGCCUCAAACUCAGAGAUCCAUCUGCCUCUGCUUCCCAAAUGCUGGGAUUAAAGGUGUGCAGCACCAUGCCCAGUUGUAAGAAUUCAAACUCUUUAAGUGUUGCAACAGACUUAAGAGUGGCUUUGCUAAUACUAAAUAACCUGAAAAGGUUUCAGGCGGACAGCAGUGGUUUUCUGUGUGGUGUUGGGGACUAAACCCAGGACAUCAGCCACUGAGCUAAAGCACAGCCCCAGGAACACUGCCAGUCAUAACUGGGAUGUACUUUUGAUUAUACAAAAUUAUAGGAGAGCCACUACUUGCCACCCCACCAUAUUCAUCUAAGCCUCUGUCUUUUGUGCCGCCAAUCUGCAAGCAAAUGCCUCGACUCAGAAUUCUUAUCUAGGCAGACAGGCAGCUUUUGGUAUACUGCCAGGGAAAGCCUGCCUCACAACAGUAGCUGAUAGGAAAGCAUCGACUUACUCUUCUUUCAGGAUGGACUGAAUGCACUUUCGCUGGUAGGCACUGAGAGUAAUGGUGGGUUUCUGAGGACUCAGCACUUUUUCCAUCUUUCGCUGUUGAUAAUCUUUUUUCAUAGUAACCUCAAGUAUCAAACAGAACACAUAUAUUUUGAUGGAGUUGCCACACAUUUUUAUAGUAUCUGUUUUACUGUUCACAUUUUACAUAAAACUAUUUCCUGGAUUAGCCAGCCUGCCCCAUUCUUACCUGUUUGAUGGCAUUGCCUAGAUGUCGAAGUUGGUCAGGUAUCAGCUGUAGCUCUUUCUUCAUGUCUCUCUCACUGUCCGAGAGGACUGGGAGCUGAGUGUGAAAACUGUGAAGCACUUUUUUCAUCCUUAAGGAAAGGAAGGAAAUGUGAGUAAAGACUGCUAAUUAUAAGAGAAAGUCUGUAAUUCAAGAAUUUGGUGUGUGAGGAGACAAUAGAGAAGGGGUUGGGGACAGUAUCUUCUUUUAUACUUCAAAGGGUUGAGGAUCCAUUCUACUGUAUAGGUUUACGGACACUACGGUACCCAGGUACUCAUAGCAUCCUUAACCCUGUGCAGGCAGGGAACUGAUGCUUCAUGACCCCUGACCUGUUCAUGAUAUCUUCUUGUUUUUCUUUGGCUUCUUCAUAUUUGUCAGCUAAGCGCUCGGCCAUUUCCCGGAGACUUUUUCUAAAGAAAUGAGAAAUUUUGGGAUCCAUGAUGUGGCACAGCAUCCCGAGUGAGUAGCGUGCACCACUCUGUGUCAGUCCUCUCCUGUCGGGUUUGAUACCCACCUCUCCUCUCGACAGUAAUUGAGAUCUUCUAGUUGCUUCCUCUUCUGGUCACAUAAUAAUUUGACCCUUCAAAAAGAAGCAGUAGUCAAGUUGAAAGGAAAGCCAGGCUUCCACAGACGAUAACUGAGCCAACCCCUAGCAAGGACUAGAGGCUGUUCACCACAGGCAGUACCUCCGCUGAAUCUCCUCCUUGGCCAGGUCCUGCUUGAGGAUGUACUGUUCUCGGAACACCUGGGUGGCCCUGCUGAUCAGCUGAAGACACUCCUCGGGAGGGGGAGCCAAGUCCUUCUCAGAUGACCUUGAAGAACAGUUGGUCAUUUUCGUUAGCCAGGAAAACAACCAAAUAGACAAGUCCUAGACCAGCUGAAGUCCCCUCCCACCGCACCACAGUAAGGACAGAAAUGACCCAAAAGCAAUGAUAAACACUUGGUAGUAAGCACAAAACCCUAAGUUCAAUCCCCAUUUUAACCAAGAAGACCGGUUAGAAGUUGUGUGCCCUAAAUCUCGUACUUGAGAAGUGCCGGGUUGGCGGCGCUGCGCUGCAGGAUUCGUUUAAUAUGCUUCUCAAAGGAGUCUGGGGCUUCCGCCAGGAUGCGCAGUGGAGACUCUGCCACUCCAGCAUCUUCCCGGGUGCAGAGCAGGGGAGGAGAUGCUGGGUGGACUGUACUU